GGGUGCUGCACCAGAAUCGCGCUGUACUCGCCAUACGACGCUGCACGUGUCUGCAGACCAUCAGUUUCUGCUACUCAGUGACCUUGCCCCAGCCCUGCGAGGGAAAACGGCAUCAAAUUCUGCUCCGUAGACUCUGAGAGCACCUAUGGCGUCUGCGGGCGACCGCUGGACCCAGAAGCCCCAAUACCGCGUCGGUCUCUUGGUCCUGGAACGGAAACGUGAUGGCUUCGACGUCGCCUGGGGCAAAAAGACGCGCGGCAAGUGCUGGGAAGCUUUGGUGACGAUCUGCGGCAACAACGGCUACGCCCUCAAGCCGCUCAACGGCGACCACGAGCGCGUGGCCGACGACCGAAGCCUGAGGCGAGCGCUGCAGAAGGCCCACGUGGACGUGGACGUCGUCGUCGCCACGCAGCCCACGAUCUCCGACGGAAGGCUGGCGGCGGUGCUCGCGCAGGCCUGCGCCGUGCCUGUUGUGCUGUGCAGUGCAUAAAUCUUGACCUCCACGCCAUCGCCGCGACGCCAGCUCGAUCCACUGCACCUGACUGACUGAUUGAUUUGUGCACAGGUAUUGUGGGCGACGCCCGAGAACCCCGACGUGCGCGGCUCACCCGUCGGCGGCGUCUCGUCCAAUUCGCUCGUGGGCACGCACUUGUUUGCGGCGACGUUGCGGCAGCUCGGAAGGCGGGACGUCGAGCUUGUAUAUCAAGAUCAAGACUGGACCGCGGCCGCUUCGCAAUUGAGUCGCGCUAUAGCUCGAGCGGCGGGCACCGCUAGGAUAAAGACGGCCAAGAUCGGGCUCAUUGGUCAUCAGGCGCCGGGUUUUGUCGAUCUACAUCCAGAUCCCUUCGCUUUGCACAAGACCUUCCAGGGCUGUGUUCUCGAACACGUCGGGCUCGCGGAUCUUGUACAGGCGGCGGACGGCAUCGACCAGGCUAGCGUUGACGCCAGUGCAUAAAUCAAAUUGUCGCGGCGCGUCCUCCACGCCAUCGAUGCGCACCCGACUCACUGGUUGAUUUCCACACAGGUCGACGCGGACCGCAAAGUUAAUGUGCCCGGGGCCUUCGCAGACCGAGUGGACGACGAACGAUCAUCGCGUCUCUACAUCGCGCUCAAGCGCCUCGUUGAGGCGGAGAACUUGGAUGCGAUCGCGAUCCGUUGCUGGCCCGAGCUGCCGCGCGACUACGGCCAGUGGCCUUAUUUGGCCGUGACGCGCCUCGCCGACGAGGGCCUGCCCGUUGCAUGCGAAGGAGAUGUUGAUGGUGCUCUGACGAUGCUCUGCUGCAAGUUCCUAGGCUGCGGCGCGCCCUACAUCUCGGACUGGCUCGAGCACGACCAAACGAGUUUUGUAUGCUGGCACGGAGGCAUGUGCCCCACGUGCCUCACGAGCGACCCCGGGGACGGCGGAGGCCCCCGUAUUCGCCCUCAUUUCAAUAACAAGAAGCCCGCCGUCGUCGACGCAACGCUGAAACCGGGCAUGGACCUGUGUGGAAAUCAACCAGUGCGUCGGGUGCGCCACGCCAUCGAGCAGGCGUCGCGUCGAUGGCGUGGAGGACGACGCGACGAUUCAGCACGAGCGCGCCGUAAAAUAUGAUUUCACAGGUAUGGAUGUAACAGUCUGCCGGUUUUGGGUCUGCGACGGCGCGUAUCACGCCAUGAUCUGCAACGGCCGGUCCAAGCCCGCGAAACGUCCGCUGUCAGGAAAUAAUGGUCUUGUGCAGCUGGAUCUCUCGGACCGCGGCGGCCGAGACCUCUUCGCGUGCUUCGAGGACUGGGUCAUCCAGUACGGUAUGCCGCACCACGUGAUCAUCUGCCAGGGCCACCACAAGGCCUCGCUUGUGAAGUUCGCCGCGGCGCGGGGCGUCAAGGUCGUCUAGCUCGAAGUGUCGUGUCCUCCUCCGUCCGAGUCGAUUUGUAAUUUAUUUAUUC